UGAAUAGCCAAUAAAAAUCGACGCGGAAGUGGGGGCGGAGCUAAGCACACUGCUGGGCAAAAUGGCUGCGACCAUGAAGAACGUGGAAGAAAUUCGGAGUAGAGUGAUACUUGGGGAAUUUGGUGUGAAGAAUGUUCAUACAUCAGAUUUCCCUGGAAACUACCCUGGCUAUGAUGAUACUUGGGACAUGCAGAAAUUUCAAAAGAACUUCAGAAUUGACUUAGUGCAUCUUGAUGAGAGCAGUAUGGAGUUUGACAUGGUGGGGAUUGAUGCAGCCAUUGCCAAUGCCUUCAGAAGGAUCUUACUAGCAGAGGUGCCUACCAUGGCUAUAGAGAAGGUGUUUAUCUAUAACAACACAUCCAUCGUCCAGGAUGAAGUCCUGGCCCACAGAUUAGGCCUCAUCCCCAUCAGAGCUGAUCCUCGCCUGUUUGAGUACAGGAACGCUGGUGAAGAAGCCGCAGAGGAAGAAGGUUCCGAAAUAGACACAAUUCAACUACAGCUAAAGAUUAAAUGCAGCAGGAACCCCCGAGCCAGCAAAGAGUCCUCUGAUCCACGAGAACUGUAUCUGAACCACAUGGUUUAUUCCAAGGACAUAAAGUGGGUCCCCAUUGGGAACCAGGCAGAUGUGUUUGCAGACUCCAGCAUUGGACCGGUACAUGAUGACAUCUUGAUAGCUCAGCUUCGACCAGGACAGGAGCUGGACAUUGUCAUGCACUGUGUCAAAGGAAUUGGUAAGGACCAUGCUAAGUUCUCUCCAGUGGCCACAGCCAGCUACCGCCUCCUCCCAGAGAUCACCCUGCUGGAGCAGGUAGAGGGGGAGAAGGCUGAACGCUUAAAACGUUGCUUCUCGCGAGGAGUUAUCGAUCUGGAAGAUGUUAAUGGUAGGAAGGUUGCCAAAGUGGUGAACAGUCGUCUGGAUACAUGCAGCAGGGAAGUCCUCCGACAUGAUGACCUGAAGAAAGUGGUGAAGCUUGGGAGAGUGCGAGACCAUUUCAUCUUUACCGUGGAGUCGACUGGCAUCCUUCCUCCAGAUGUCCUAGUCACAGAGGCCAUCAAAGUCCUCAUGGCGAAGUGUCAGAGGUUUCUCAGUGAACUGGACUCUACUGACAUGAAGUGAAAUAACUGAGCAUGCUCACUUCCACCAUAAAGGUUCUGACACUGAUAUACUGCUACAGCCUAUCAGGGGUUGAAUUGACGGUACUGCUCUGUUGAUAAAACUGACACUGAAUUAUCAGAAUUGCAAAGCCGAUUUUAUUACGGUGGGAAGACUUGUUUGUAAGUAUGUAUAUACUGCUGUCUAGUUUUUUGUAUGCCGUUCUUGAGUUAUUGAGCCCAGUUUUCUUUCAAAGAAACAUGGGGAAUUUAAUAAAUACAUCAUCAAUAGCAUUCCCAAGGCUGUCUGUUUCUCUGCAAUAAAGUACCAGGAAUAUGGCAUUCUCA